AUGGCCACAUUCGUCACACAUAAAAUCAUGGGCACCGCCCUUCAAAUUACCGACAGGUAUACAGACUUGCAAGCGCGAGGUGUGGGUGCCUUUGGAGUAAUAUGCUCGGCGCAUGAUUCAAUGGCCAACCGAACGGUUGCCAUAAAGAAGAUAGGGAAUCCCUUUGAUAGCUCUGCCCGGUUGAUCAACAUGUCUGAUAUCUUCAUCUCACCAGCGGAAGAUCUUUAUCUUGUGAUGGACUGUUGCAUGACAGACCUUCAUCAUUUGAUCCAAUCAAGGUCGAAGCCAUUGGAGGGCAAGUUCAUCCAGUUCUUCACCUACCAGCUGCUGCGAGGGUUAAAAUUCAUGCACUCUGCUGGUGUGAUCCAUCGUGAUCUCAAACCUAGCAACAUUUUGAUCAAAGAAAACUGCGAUUUGAAGAUUUGUGACUUUGGUCUAGCUCGAGAACAAGAUCAUCAGAUGACUGGCUAUGUCUCAACACGAUAUUACCGAGCUCCAGAGAUCAUGUUGACUUGGCAGAGAUACAACUAUGCGGUGGAUAUUUGGAGCACUGGUUGCAUCCUGGCAGAGAUGCUCCUAGGCAAAGUCCUCUUACCGGGAAAAGACAACGUGCAUCAUUUCAAACUGAUCACUGAGAUAUUUGGGAAGCCACCCAAAGAGAUUAUGGAGACAGUUUACAGCGACAUUACGAUGAAGUUUGUGGACUCUCUACCUGAAACAGAACCCCGAUCACUCGGAGCUACCCUAGGAGAUGUUGACCCCGAAGCCAUUCAUCUCUUGGAGAAAAUGCUUGAUAUAGAUCCGCAAAAGAGAGUCACAGCGGCAGAUGCCCUAACCCAUCCAUACGUUUCGACAUAUUCGGAUUGUAACGACGAACCCGAAUGUGAGGAACAAAUUGAUUGGUCUUUGUUAGACUCAGAAAUGACCACAGACGAAUGGAAGAGCAAAAUGUAUUUCGAGAUUUUGAAUUAUCACACUGGUUCAUACAACUGGGAAGAUAAUGACCCCAAAGCCCACGAGGGAAGAUUUGAGGAUUGGCUGCGCGACGAGAUAAUGGUGGGUACAUAUUAG